AUGGCCGCCGGCGCCGCCGGCGUGCAGCAGAUUGACGGCGUGCGGGUCGGCCCGCCUCCCGACCUGCCCUCGCUGCUGCUGAACAACCGGAUCGUCUACGUUGGGGCGCCGCUGGUUCCGUCGGUGACGGAGCUGGUCGUGGCGCAGCUGCUCUUCCUCAACUACGAGACGCGAGAGAAGCCCGUCUACAUGUACAUCAAUUCGGUGGGCUCCGCGGGCGUCGCGUUUGAGACCGAGGCGUUUGCGAUCGCUGACACGAUGAACUACGUGGGCCCCGAGAUCGAGACGAUCUGCAUCGGCACAGCAUUCGGCACGGCGGCGAUGCUGCUCGCCAACGGUGUCAAGGGCAAGCGCGCCUGCCUGCCGAACGCCUCCAUCAUGCUCUCGCAGCCGCGCUCGCAGGCGCGUGGACAGGCGUCUGACAUCAAGAUCAAGGCGACCGAAGUGCUCAAGGCGCGCAACGCGAUCAACGAGCUGCUCGCGGAGAAGACGGGACAGCCGCUCGAGAAGAUCACCGCCGACUCGAUGCGCACAAAGUACCUCGAGCCCGACCAGGCCGUGUCGUACGGGCUGAUAGACAAGGUUCUGCGCUCGGAGAACGACCUGCCGCAGAAGCCAACGUUUCUCGGCCAGCUCUGA